UACAUCCGAAUGGAAUUAGUUUCAGUUGCAAUAAGUUCUUGUAACAAUAUGAAGGUUCUUCUGCUAUUAUUCUUCCUGUCCGUGGCCAAAACUGAGGAUGACACAACACAGAGACUAAAGGAUAUUGUUGAUAAAUACACGCCCGAAGCCGAGGGUUACCCUGACCUCGCCAAAUGGAUUAUCAAAAUCAACCGCGUCGUUAAAGAGGGUAAUGAUAUGGAGAGAGCUAGUAUGCUUUCCCAGUUCCAAGUAUACGAUACAAAACGUAGAUAUUUGGAUGGCCUUCUAGAUGCUCGCAUACGCGAAAUCGAAAGCCUGUUUCCUGAUAGAAGACUAUCACAAGCAUGUGUUGACGAGUAUCUAGAGCAGAAGAAAAUUCUCUCCAAUUCCUACAAACUUUGUGUAAAGAAAAAGCUGAGAAAUAUAAAUCAAAAUUCUGCCAAAUGUACUAAAGUUGACACCACAGUUAAUCCAACUCCAACAAAGACGACUGGAGUUGCACUGAAUUCUACAAAAGGAUAAACAGGAGUGCUCUUUUGGGAAGGAUAGUACAGUUUGUGGGUCCAACGCCCAUAUUUGGAAGACAAAAUAACUACUAGGCAAGACGUCGUCUCUCCAAAUCCUAUAAGCACACAAAUAUAGAUGAAUACUCUAGCAAAUGUAAUACACAAGAGCCAGAGUAGUGAUGGUGGUGGGCAUAAUUUCGAAAUAAAAAAUCGAAUUCAAGGAA